UGUAGUUCGUAAUGACUUCUCAGCCUUGAUACAAUUAGGCUUGUACAACUAAAAACGGACUGAUCCCUUGGCGCAUGAGAAGCUCGAGGGAAUGUGAAAGGGAAGGACAACAAUGACAUGGACAGUGACAUGGGAAGAUCCAAGGUGCACUUGUUUGGUCAAUAUCAUCAUAACGUAUUGAUCCAAUUUAUGAUGGGGUGGUUUGGAUUUUCCUGUUUGCUGUUCGGUGUGUUACUCCGGCCAAGCAACACACAAAGCGUUGUGCCUGACGCAGCUCUGAACUGUUGUGAAGGGGACAUCCUGCUCCUGUUGGAUUCUUCAGGAAGUGUGUCAUCCUAUGAGUUCUCUCGCCUGCUGCGCUUCCUGUCUGAGCUUCUCCUCCCCUUCUCACUUGGGCAGAGCCAGGUAAGGGUGGGGUUGCUGCAGGUGGGCACUGAGCCACACCUGGAGUUUGGUCUGGACGCCCACAGCACCCAGCCUGGCCUACAGGGGGCACUGCAGAUGACCAGGCAGCUCCAGGGGGACACCAACACAGAGGCCGCCCUCAUUCUGGCGCAGGGGCUGCUAGCCAGGACUGGAGCUGGAGAUGAAACAAAGCUCCCUAAAGUGCUGGUGUGGCUAACGGAUGGGGUAGAGCCGGGCGUGGUGGAUGUACCAAUGGCAGAGUUGAGAACGGCGGGCGUGUCCGUGCUGGCUGUCUCUACAGGACACGGGAACUACCAGGUGCUGCGGAGGGUGGUGACCGCACCCAUCGAGUCCCACCUGUACUUUGUGGACAUCGAUGACAUCAGCCUCAUCACAGAGGACCUGAGGGAGGCCAUCAUUGAGCUGAUCCGUGCUGAGGGCCUGCGGGUGGUAGAGGUGUCCUCCCACAGUGCCGUGCUGCAGUGGCGUCCUGUCCUCAGCGCCAACACAGGCUUCUAUGAGGUCCACUAUAAUUCUAUGCUGCCAGGUGGCAGGAAGGGUCAGCCUAGUGGCGGGGCCAGCAGCGGGGUGCAGUACCACAGACGGACCCUCCCUGGGGAUGCCAGCUGGAUAAAGCUGAGUGGUCUGCAACCAGACACCAGCUACACUGCCUCCCUCACCCCAAAGUCCAACCAGGACUACCUCAACACCCUCAGUGCCAACUUCACCACACUGCCCGAGGUGUUGAGCCCGGCAGUGGUCACGGUGUCAGACUCAGGUCCUGACAGGGUGCGAGUGAGCUGGGGUCCUCUGCAGCCUGAGCAGGUCCAGAGGUACCAGAUAGAGUAUGGCGCUCUACCCAGUGGACAGGUCCACAUGGUUAUGCUACACGGACAUCAGAAUACCACUCUGCUCACUGGUCUAGAGCAAGAGACACAAUACCUGGUCACCAUCAGCGCCCUGUACUCCACUGGCAAAGAGAAGGCUUUGUCUGUCAAGGCCUGCACUCAGGAGGUGCUGCCUGCCCUGGCUGACCUCCAGCUGACCCCAGUGGGGCGAGAUGAGGUGCAGGUCCGGUGGCGAGGCCACGAAGAGGGUCUGAGGGGGUACUGGCUCAGCUGGGAGAUGGGUGAGACAGAGAUCCCCUCCCGCCCUGCGUCCUCUUCCCUAUACCUGCUCCCUGGCUCCUUGUCCACGCUGCUCACACACCUGGCCCCCAGCAGCCGAGUGUGUGUGUCACCUGUCUACCGCACGGCCCUGGGAGAGGGGCUCUGCUGCACCACACACACACAAACUGGUCUGACACUACGCACACAGACACACACACACACAGGUCUCCCAGCCUUAUAUUGGACUUGAACUAUUUAUUGAAUCGCCACAUUAUAGUCAUUGUAAUUUUAAGGAAGUAGUCAUCUUCAUAUGUCUAACUGCACUCUUGUGCAACAGGAAAGUAAUAACCCCUUUUUCUCUCUCUCCCUCUCUCUCUCACUUCGAAAGAGCAGUAUUUUGCGGUUAUCAAUGAGAUUUGCCUGCAGUCAGAGAGCUGAAGUGGAGGAAAUGUUUGAAAUUUGAUGUGCUUUAUUGCCACAUCAAUGCUGUGGUACAAUGGAGUCACAUCUCUAUGUCGCUUCAAACCACUUGAUUAUCCAGUAUUCACACCCCUUGACUUUUUCCACAUUUUGUUGUGUUACAGCCCAAAAUUAAAUGGAUUAAAUUUAGAUUUUUUUUGUCACUGGCCUACACACAAUAUCACAUAAUGUUUUUCAACAUUUUUACAACUUAUUUAAAAUUAAAAGCUGAAAUGUCUUGAGUCAAUAAGUACUACAAAGAUACAGACGUUCUUCCUAACCAUUUGCCUGAGAGGAAGGAAACCGCUCAGGGAUUUCACCAUUAGGCCAAUGGUAACUUUAAAACAGUUACAGAGUUUAAGGACUGUGAGGAGACAACUGAGGAUGACUCAACAACAUUGUAGUUACUCCACAAUACUAACCUAAUUGACAGAGUGAAAAGAAGGAAGCCUGUACAGAAUAAAACAUUUUCCAAAACAUGCAUCCUGUUUGCAACAAGGCAUUAAAGUAAUACUGCAAGCAAUUACAUUUUUGUCUCAAGACAAAGUGUUAUGUUUGCGGCAAAUCUAAUACAACACACUACUGACUACCACGCUCCAUAUUUUCAAGCAUAAUUGUGGUGGCUGCAUCAUGUUAGGGGUAUGCUUGUAAUCGUUAAGGACUGGGGGAUUUUUCAGGAUAAAAAAUAAACGUAAUGGAGCUAAGCACAGGCAAAAUCCUUUGUCAGUCUGCUUUCCACUGGACACUGUGAGAGGAAUUCACCUUUCAGCAGGACAAUAACCUAAAACACAAAUCCAAAUCUACACUGGAGUUGCUUAUCAAGAAGAAAGUGAAUGUUCCUGAGUGGCUGAGUUACAGUUUUGACUUAAAUCUAUUUGGAAAAAAAGACCUGAAAAUGGUUGCCAAGCAACGAUUAAGAGCCAAUUUGACAAAGCAUGAAAACAUUUGAAAAUAAUAUUUUUGUAUUUCAUUUUCGAAAAUGUCUAAAAAUAUGUUUUCACUUUGUUAUUAUGGGGCAUUGCAUGUAGACAAUACAUUUAAGCCAUUUAGAAUUCAAGCUGUAACACAACAAAAUGUGUAAUAAGUAGAGGUAUGAAUACUUUCUGAAGGCCAUGUAAGUGGAUUAUGUUGUCAUUUCAUAAGGAAGAGAGGUCCUGGGUCAAGAUAAAGAAGUGCAGCUUCAGCAUAGAGCUGUUGUGAUCCAAAUGGAUGGAUUCCAUUUCUCUGUUUCCAAUGAGAAGGAUUGCCACUGAUGGGGGAUAGGUGGAUGAGGAUGAAGAGAAAUAAGGGUGGCUAGAGGGGAACAAAGAAGACAUAGAACCUCCUAACUUCUCUCCCAUCAUCCAUCUGGUCAUAGUGUGGGCAUGCUGUUACACAUAGGCAUUUGAACUAUUUCUGAUUAAAAAAAUAUAUAACUAUAUUUACUUCAUAAAGAAGAUGUAAAAUCAAAAUGUACUUGUAUGCUUUCUCACAUAUUUUUUAUAUUCAGUUUUCAGUUUAGCUUCCACAUAAUAGGCUGCAGUCCACAUAUGAACCCAUCAGCCUGGCUCUUGUGAACUUGCUUGUGAAGAUCGCCAUCUAGUGGGACACAUAUUUUACCACAGACUGUGACAAUCAGGCCAAUGUUCAACUUUUUCAACUCUUUCUCUGCUGCACAGUACACCCCUAAGUGUGAAUAUAAUGCAAAAAACUAAGUCCAUUUUCCAAUUGAACAGCAAUGCAUUGGUCUCAUAUAGAGAGGGUAGAUAAAUUGCAAUAUCUGAAAACAGGAAAACAUCUCAUUUUCUGGGUUGUUCCAUGUAAUAUCAGCAAGCCAUGACACAAACCAUCUCAGAUUGUUCCGAAAUAGUUUCUGUAGUAAAAAAAAAAACAGAUUAGAUAAGCAUUCCAGCAACAAUAUUUUGUUGAAAUAUAAUUUGAUCUCUGAGAAAAUAAACUAAUUGAUUCCAUCCAAAUUGGCCAUUUAAAUGAAUAGGAUUCAUAUAAUAUUUAAUAAAUAUAGUACCUAACAUCCAAAACUUUUUUCUAACAAUGAGUAAAACACGAGGAAUCCAAAGAAAUUGUCAAACGUCACCCACAGACUCCCCACACCCCACGACAAUCCAGAGAAGGCUGGUGGAAGGAACCAUAGGAGGACGGACACAUUGUAAUGGCCGGGAUGGAAUCAAUGGAACGGAGUCCAACCGGUUGUUUCCAUGUGUUUGGUACCAUUUCAUUCAUUCCAUUCCAGCCAGUAUAAUGAGCCCUACCUUCUAUAUCUCCUCCCACCAGCCUCCUCUGCGCCAAUCUCACCUCCAACAACUAUAUGCAGCCUCAAUGUUAAUAAAGGGAUAGUUCACCCAAAUCUCAAACUGACGCACUGACGUAUUGGUUUCCUUACCCUGUAAGCAGUUUAUGGACAAGGCAACCGAUGCUUUGGUUUUGUUUACCGAGCCACUGUUUCUUUUUAGCAUUUGUGGCACAUAUCCAAUGCAAGUCAACGGUACCUAUAUUAGCAUUUUUACACUUCAUAUCCAAAUCAUCUGUAACUAAUAACAGGAACCACAUUUCCAUACACAAUUUUUAGGCCAGUAAAGUCCUAAAUAUAAAAAUUUAAAAAACAUGACAGCUGUGAUGGAAACAGGAAGUUUCGUUACAAUUGUAUAAAUGCAGACGGAUCAUUAAUUCGUUCGACAUGGUGGGAUCUUUUUGUGUAUGAAAAAUUAAUUAUGCAAGAAAAGGUGGUGCAAAUUACAAAUAUCCAUCAUAUUGAAGUAAACUUAGAGUCACAAAGUGAUAUGGUGUGUGGUCCUCGCUAGGGUUGUGGUGGUCAUGACAUUUUGUCAGCUGUGAUUGUCAAGCGAAUAACUGCCGGUCUCACAGUAAUUGACCAUUAAUUAACAUAAACACAUUUAGCAUCUCCUAGCUCCUCCACUGAUGCAGACCUUUGGAACAUCUACAUUUUAAAAAGUCUAAUAAAUCCAUGUAAUACAACCUACACCAUCACAAUAAAUCCAUUAUUUAUUUUAGACAGAUUUCAAAACAACAGAAUAGCAUACUCUUGAGUUGUCCUUGUGUUAGGCCCUGAUAUGGCUAGUUAAUUUAGCAGACACGAUUUUCUUAGAAUUCCAUUACAUUAUUUUAUAGUAUGAAGAAACCAAUUGAAUAAAAUAGAAAAUAUAUUUUCUCCAAAGAUUUAAGGGAGUGCGUGUGGCUAUUGUGUGGCUAUUCUGUGUUGAACAGUUAACAAAGCGGUAUUAUGGUCACCAUAACAGCCCUAGGACUCUUCCCACUAUGACUCUGGAAAGCAUGCUGUUUAUUAGGCUACAGAUUAAAUAAAUUAUCAUGAACUUCACAGGGUGGUGAAAGUGCACAGUAGAGUGAUGACUUUGAUGCUCUUUUCCAAUAAAUAUUGAAGGUCUUAUUCUGGUGACAUGAUGAUCGAUGCUUGACUGCCGUUUGACAAAUAAAAAUAUUCUGUCUCUUAUCCAUAAUAAUCUCAUCAUGUAGACUAUCUCCACAGCCUACCCGCACUGAAAGUUGUUGGCUAAAGAGUGCAUGUUUUGUUGACAAAACUAUUGAUGGAAAAUGCCACAUUGAAAACAUUUAUUCCGUAUAUGAAAACUUGAGUGAAAAACUACAUUUUGUGUGCACUAAGCCAUCACCUACUAAUUGUUUUUUUGGAAACAAGUCAGUUUGGUGGAAAUACACCACAGGUGGGAAAAUGUGCAUAUUUUCUUUAUGUGUAUUUUAGAAUAUUCACAUGAAAAUCUGUUGCCAAUUGGAUGGAAACCUAGCUAUUGAGUUACACAAUACAUGUUUUGGUACAUUAGGAUGAUUUGGACAUGAAGUGUGAACAUGCUAAUAUGGGUACCAUUGACUUGCAUUGGAUUUGUGCCACAAAUGCUAGAAAUUUUAGUGUUUACCUGGUAAGGAAACCAACGUUGAGGGGAUUUGUAAAAAAAUCACCUAAUAGCAGGAACAGCACCAUCUAGUGGUCCGAACCUGGUAGUAUCAGGAUGUAUAAUUGCACAUAAACCUAACGACUUCAGUUAUUGAUUUUUAUAAACGGGGGACAUCACCAAAUUCACUGAGAAUUCAUUACAUAGGAUAAAGAAACAAUACUCCGAGCCGCAGCUCCAUACUACUUUUCAGACAUAGAGAACUGAUAAUAUAUACUCGUUGUUGGGGUGGUUUUGGUGUGGGGUGUCCGUGGGUGGCUUUUGAGAUUCGUCAUGUGUAUUUCAUUGAUAGUAAAAUAUUUGGUGGAAAUCGGAUUUGAAGUACUAUAUUUAUUGAAUAUUAUUCGAAUCUUAUACAUUUAAAUGGCCAAUUUGGGUGCAAUCAAUUAGAUGAAUUUCUCAGAGAUCAACUAAAUAAUUUUGCAGGAUUGCUAAUCUAUUUUUUUUCUAUCUACAGAAAUUAUUUAAAUACAAUCUGAGAUGGUGGGUGUCGAAAUACUUUCUUGUACUUUUUUAAGUGGAACGACCCUUGUAUUCUAUGUACUCAAUGUUAAUAUCAUAUGAGGUAAUAAAACGAGUGUGAAUUGCU